CAAACUCACCUCACUCUAGCAGCCCUAUAACUGCUCCAGUCCUACUUUUCUCCCCUCUCAUCUGGUGCGCAGUGCACCGCGUUGUGGUUCCAAGUUGUAACCCACACUCCCUUUGCUUCAAACUCGCUGCGAAUUAUGCUUUUUUUUUUACGGUGUGUGAAUUUAUCUAGCGCCUAAAACAGUAUCAUUCCAGUCUCGAGAAAGUUGCUCAUCGCUUGUUGAAUGCAGGAUACCUUUUGCCCGAGCGUCAGUCCCAAGUUCAGCUUCGGAGCAGCCGGUAAGGAGCGGGGACUGCACUUUCUCACCUCUCUCGCCGCCGAUAUGAAGUCUGCAGAAGAAGAUGCAUACAGCUACACACCAAAUGUCAGCUUGUCCCUUCCAUUGGGCAUGGGAAACCCCUGUCUGGCUACCCAGUACCACACCUUACAGACCAGUCCAGUCAUCUCAGUUUCCUCUUGCCAUCAGACAGGCUACAGCCUUCAAAAUGAUAACCAUGCAGCAUCAGGCUACUACCUGCCCCACGGCCUGAGACCCAAUGGUGCCCCGGCUUUGGAAAGCCCCCGUAUUGAGAUCACUGCCUACAGCCAGUAUCCUGAGGAUGAGGUAGAAGAGAGCAACAGUGAGGACCACAUCAUCAAACGAGGCGUCAACUCCAUCGUGACGCUGACGCUGCCGAACGCCGAUGGCUACCGCGAUCCCAGCUGCCUCAGCCCAGCUAGUAGCGUUUCUUCACGUAGCUGCAACUCAGAUGCUUCCUCUUACGAGUCCGGCUUCUACAACUACGACAACUCCCCACAGAACUCGCCUUGGCAGUCUCCCUGCGUGUCUCCCAAAGGCACGCCUACGCUCAUGUCUUGCCCACAUGCCAACGGUCCUGUAGCUUCCCCUCACCAUUCUCCCUCGAACUCCCCUCAGAUAGGAGCCGUGGCCGAGGAAGGCUGGCCGGCGCAACCUCGCGGCUCCAGGCCAAACUCCCCUUCCUGCAGUGGAGGCAAUGGAGUCAACGGUGGUGGCAUGGGGAAGAGAAAGUACAGCUUCAAUGGCACCACCUACCGUCAGACAUCCUGCUCACCCAUCCAGUCGCCCAUCCCCUCCCCACAUAUCUCCCCAAGGGUCAGCGUCACAGAUGAGAACUGGCUCGCCAACACCAACCAGUACACCAACUCCGCCAUUGUUGCUGCCAUCAACGCUCUAACCACAGAUGGAGUGGUAGACCUGGGGGAGGGAAUCCCAAUAAAGACACGGAAGACCAUGCUGGACCACUCCAUGGGUUUGAAGUUGGAGCCUGGUGAUUUGCUGAGUCUUGAUCGGGAGCUCUGUCAUGAGGACUACCCCUCUCGGAUGGCCCUCAAGAAGGAGAACUACGGUGGGGGGUUCCUGGAUGUGCCCCAGCAUCCAUAUUCCUGGUCUAAACCCAAGCCAUACCUCAGCCCAUCUCUGCCAUCUCUUGACUGGCAGCUUCCGUCCUGCUCUGGCCCGUACAACCUUCAGAUCGAGGUGCAGCCAAAGUCCCACCACAGGGCUCACUACGAGACUGAAGGGAGCCGAGGGGCGGUGAAGGCGCUGUGUGGUAGCCACCCUGUAGUACAGCUAUAUGGCUACAUGGAAAGCGAGCCGCUCACACUGCAGCUGUUCAUUGGGACCGCAGACGACCGCCUCCUGCGACCACAUGCCUUCUACCAGGUUCACCGCAUCACUGGCAAAACCGUCUCCACCGCCAGCCAUGAAGUCAUGCAAUCCAACACCAAAGUUCUGGAGAUCCCUCUGCUGCCCGAAAACAACAUGAGAGCCAUAAUUGACUGUGCAGGGAUCCUGAAGCUGCGUAAUUCGGACAUUGAGCUUCGUAAAGGUGAAACAGACAUCGGACGUAAAAACACACGGGUGAAACUGGUGUUUCGAGUGCACAUCAACCAGCCCAACGGCAGGACAUUGUCGCUACAGGCUUCCUCAAACGCCAUUGAAUGCUCCCAGCGCUCGGCUCAGGAGCUUCCCUUGGUUGAGAAGCAGAGCGUGGAGAGUUACCCAGCCACCGGCGGCAAAAUGAUGCUCUUGAGUGGCCUCAACUUCCUCCCUGACUCCAAGGUGGUGUUCGUAGAGAAGGCCCAGGAUGGGCAUCAUCUGUGGGAGACAGAAGCCAAAGUUGACAAGGACUCCGUCAAAAAUAAUUCUCUUGUUGUGGAGAUCCCGCCGUACAGGAACCAGAGAAUAUCCAGCCCGGUGCAGGUCGACUUCUACGUCUGCAACGGCAAGAGGAAGAGGAGCCAGUGCCAGACCUUCACCUUCCUGCCUCCAAACGUGCCGAUAAUAAAGACAGAACCCAAUGAUGAAUAUGAUUCUCUGGGGACUGCGAGACUGCCCAUGCAUUCAAAGCCCUUUUACAGCCGGCCCAGGCCCACUCCCAUCAUGACUCUUACCAAUCCUGACGACUGCCUGGUUGGUGGCUACACCCCGUGCCCACCUCGCCAUACCGCCAUGCCAUCGUCAUCCCCCAGCUCCAGCCCCACCCUGCACGACCUGUCCCCGGUGGCGUACAGCAAGUGCUUUCCCAACAGCCCCGAUCAUGUGGCACCACCUGGCCCUGUUGUGACCCCAAUUCAAGAGACCUCUGGCCGCCCCAACCUCGUCCACCCAGCAUCGCCAGACCACAACUCGUCUCUCGGGAUGCUUCAUUCCCAGGGCAGCCCCAACCACCUCAACAGCCCAGGGCCCCAUGGUUACCACACUAUCUACGACAGCAGCAGUCCGUCAUCAUCCCCGGUAUCCCAGCCUUCCACUCCUGGUGGGACAGAGGACAGCCCAUUCGUUCAGGCCUACAGUCCCGGACCGGGUCAGACCCAUACCGGAGAGAGCUCGCCCAGCCUUUUAACUGAUGAUGAUGAUGCCAGCCCCCCAUCGAUGGCCAUCACCGUCAAACAGGAGCCCCAGGAAUUGGACCAGAUGUACCUAGAUGAUGUUAACGAGAUCAUCAGGAACGACCUCUCCAGCAUAUCCGUGCACACUCAUGCAUAGAUUCCAAGAACUCAUCUGCAGCAGCACAAACACAAAAACAGCAGCAUCAACAAAAUGAGGACCAAAAACAACCUAGAGAUCCAGAUGAUGAAGAAUAAAGUUCUGACGAGGACCUCCCAACUGACCAUCAUCGCCUUCAGCUCCUCCUAACUCAAAGACUUGCUGCAUUUUCUCAUUGACAAUCACUGGCAAGCUCCAUUUGAAUAAACAAAUAAAUGUUAUAUUUACAAAAAGGGAAGUGAUAUCAGGGGCAAAGUAUCCGACUACACUUGCCUUAAUACACAGCAGAUGUUAUUUAGUGGACCAAACAGCUCAAUGAAACUGAAUUACUUCUAUCGUUGACAAAAUGACAAUCCUUAAUUUGUGUGUGAACUGGAUGCUAAUGCAUGGACAAAGCUAAUGGGACAAAUAAGUGUCACGCUACAUCACUUUGGCUCAUUUGUCUGUGCAGUCAAUCUGUUACAACCGAAUUGGUGCCUUACUGCAGGAAUAUUGACAGCAAAUAUUAGCAACAGUCACACAAAUGCAAAUGGUUCAUUGUGACCCAAUUGGACAUUUUUAUAUGACCGUUUUAUAUCAUUUCAAUGAUUUGUUUACAGGGAAACAGAAUAAAAAAAGGCUGGAAAAGAUGUAGGGAGUAUGUGAAUAGAUUAGUAUUUUUUCUCGCUUCCUCAUUUAUUAUCUCAUUGUUCAUUUAUACUGAAUGUUAUUGUAUGAUAUUCUUUUGUAUAAACAUGUAUUUGAAAAAACGUAUGCCUUAUGCUUAUAUCAUGCUGUUAAGCUUUUUUCUUUUGUUCCAUUUGUUUCCAUAUAAUGUGUACCAUUUAUACUACCCUGCAUUAUGCUUUUCACCUUAGUGCCUAUUUGUAUUUGUUUUUUUCAUCCUGCCCCAGUCUUCCGCUCCUCCCAUAUGACAUGACGAUGCACAGACAAUCAGAGAAAUAUAUAGUACAUAUCCUAUGACAACAGUUCCUGGUUGCAGGGGCUUAUGAAGGCAGGUGUAAUCCUCCCCUAGCUAUAAGAUAGUUGAACAAUGGUAUGCUUACCUGCUGAAUUUCAAUGAGAAUACUCCUGGACAAUAUAUUUGAACAUCUUGCACUGCAGGUUUCGCACGUAAAUAUGCAGAAUAAUGUAAGUCUUCAGCAGGCUCAGUUUAACUCAUGGGUGAUUCCACUGAGAAGAUGGCAGGACUGUUACUUACAGCUGGCAAUAAUUGAUGUGAGUAAACCAAAGGAUUUUAACUUUGGUGAAAUUAUUGUCCAAGUUUUUCUUUUUUUCCGUCAAAGCAUUGAGUGGUUCCCAUGUACAAAAAAACAUUAUGCACUUUACCAUAGAAACUGGCUUCCAGACCAAACAUAGUUUCCACUGUCGCUUCACAAACGUACCUUCGUUGACUUUUUUUCCACACAGCUGCAGUCUUUUUCCAUGUUAUCGGUCUUUCUGAGCAUGCACAUUGUACCUAAAGUCGAGGAUCAUUUAGCUGACAGUAGCUUACAAUAUAGCUUCCUAAUACAUUUUUGGACAUAUAGUAUAUAGCAUGACUAAACUGUAUAAAUAAGGUUUCUAUUUUGUGCCUUACUCUUUUUCUUGGUUGAUUGUUGCAACUCUAUAAUGCUUUUCUGUGUAGGCACAAGGUGAAACAUAUUUCUCUUUAAUAUGAAAUAUUUAUGAAAAAUGAAAUGUGUUUAAAGUGCAUUUAAUAUGUUCUAAACAAUGAAUUAAUAAAUGGCAUAAUGGUG